AUGCCGCCGAACCAAUACGCCUACCCACCCCAGCAGAACCAAGCUCCCGCCGACCCAUAUCGAGCUAGUCCUGGCGCGCCGAUCCCCUCUCUGCCGAGCAUGAAGAGCCUCGAACACCACUACCAACAAAGUGCGCCGCCUCCUCAGACGAUGCCAAUGCAGAUGCAGAUGGCCCCCAACCAGGGCAUGCAAUACUACCUACCGCCGGGAGUACAGGGCAACCCAUAUAUGACGCAGGACCUGAAUCAUUUGAGAUAUCAAAUCCCCCACGGACACGAUCCGAGACUGAUGCGCGGUCCUGGUGGUCCGAAGAAGGAAAUCAAGCGCCGGACAAAGACAGGUUGCCUGACGUGUCGUAAACGCCGAAUCAAGAACCGACCGCCAGCCGACCGCCGCGCCCGCGUGUGCCCGCACAUCCGUUCCCUUCCUGCCCAGCCCAAGGCCCCAAGGUCACUCUCAAGCCGCAAGCCUCAAGCCACGCUCGAGAACCUGGACGGGCACUGCGACGAGGCUCAUCCUUCCUGCAACAACUGUAAAAAGUCGAAGCGAGAGUGUCUGGGGUACGAUCCCAUCUUCAAGCAACAGCCAGGACCUUCCGUCAUCCAGCCUGCUCCGAACGCUCAACGCGUGCCGACGCCGACCAUCCCGUCGGUACCAUCAUCGGUCCCACCUCCGGUUCCAACUGUGCCUUCAACUCCUGCCGCGCCUCCGGUGCCCGUGCCAGUAGCUCCAUCCAACCCGUACGGAAACCAGCCCGCGGUUCUACCCAGCUCGUACAACCCUCCCAUCGCAUCCUCGCACGCCCCCCUCGAUCCAGCCCUGAGUUCUGCCGCACCCGGCAUCAAACCCGAGCCGACGUACGACUUUGCAGCACCGAUAGAUCCAGCUCUGCAGAACCUACCCGCCCCGGCUACCGUACCCUCUACGCAGGCUCAGUCGUUCUCGGGCGAGCAAAGGGCAGGCUUCGAUAACCAUCUCAGAGCCACCAGAAUGAAGGUCGAUGACCUUAUCGGCCUCUUGGGCCCCGCCGCUCCCACCCAGGAGAUUGCCCUCACCCCGGAGCUACUCACCGAGAUUAUCAACGUCUACCGAGAGGUUUACGCCGUUGGCCUUCAGUCCUUCUUCGAAGCCAACUAUUUCCAGAAGCAGGAUGCUCAGGGAAAGUUCGCAUUCGAGCACAGCCAACAACUCUUGCGUCAAUUCGCCUCGUUCCUCAAGAUCGUUCAGUCUGUUCCCGCCAAUGACCAUACCCAGAUGACCCAUUCCGGAGUUCUCGAGACUCGGCUGAUUUGGGCUCUUGCCAUCUUACCAUGCAACAGCGCUGCCCCUUCGUCCCAUGCUGACGCCAAGGUUCUGCCAUCUCCGGAUGACCUGACGGAAGCAGCCAACCGAGUCAAGGUCAUGGAGACUCUUCUUUGUGGCGACUUCUUGGCCUCAAAUCCUCUCACGCCUCCCGUUGCUGACACGAACCCUCAUCGCCAGCAGGAGUUUGAGUUCUGGCACAACCUUGCACAGUACCUGUGUUAUUACGACGCAGCUAAGCGUGAUGAAAUUCUCAGCAUACUGAGACAGCAGCUCGGCGGUAGAGAGAACCGAGAUCUCAUUUACUCUAUUGCUGUCUCACGUGAGCUCUCUCCUCGUGUUGAGGCUGGCUUUGAGCGUAACGUGCCCGAGCAUAUGGAUGAAAUUGACCCCAAGAACCGACUCUAUGUGGCAAAUAAGUUCAUUCAGGAUGAGGCGCAAGUUACCGGCGGAACAACAAAUGUUGUUCGGCGAUUCGGUGAGAUUGCCAUCAGAGCGUACAUCAGUCCCGGCGUCAACAUUGCGGCACACCCCAACUAG